UAAAAUGGCGUUGCAAAAUGGUUGUAUGUUCGCGUUUUCCAUCUUAUCAAUUUCUUUGCCGCUUGUGACUGGAAACGGACAUCACAUGUCUUCUACUGGAGUUGAACCAGUUGAUAGAGUUGAACAAAUUCGUCAGCUGCUGGAGAAACUUGGUUACACCGACGACGACACAAACACGUGGCAUACCAGCAGAGACGGACAUCACGUUGUCGAAGUGAAGCCCUCUGACCCGGACUCUGCGUGGAGCGUCAAUAGCCAAGACUCAGUAGAUAUUUCGUACAACAGGAAUGCUGACGACGACAGUAAGAAAACAAAUAAAGCAUCGACUACGCAAAACAAGUUACAUGUGGUGCGUAAUACAACUAUAACACACGCGCGAGUACUUCAGGAAAAACCUCUUAUUGACAUCCAAGAUUCGACCUUAUGGCUUGGCGCAGGCCUUGGAGCUAUUGCAAGUCUGUCCGUACUACUGUUGAGUCUGGUGGUGUGGAAACUGGCCAGACGCUACUAUAGGCGGAAGCGUUGCAUAGACCUGACCGAGCUAAGUUUCUGUUCCCUGAAGGGAAAAAGAUGUGCGGCUCCAGUGUACGUAAGAUUGUCUCAGCUCCACAACCCAAGAAAACUUAGAAAUGGCUCACGUUAUGUGGUCAGUGUAUUAGACGAAUCCAACAAUUUUUCAAUCGACAGUGGAAGUGAAAGUAGUAGUUCUGAAGAGGAGCUCUUCAAUGCAUCUGGUUACAAGUCUUCUGACAACUCCUUCACGCAACAUUACAGUGGUGCCCGGGUAAAUCUGACCUCGACGCCAUUAAGAGGAUCACCGUCUGGUUUCGUCCGAGAACAGCCAGUCACACCACCGAAACCACGUCCUAAAUGUCAACGACCACUUCCCAUUUCUCCACUUGCACAAAGUAUGCCUUAUAGCACUCCCCACUCCACGUAAAAACACCUAACCCCAUGCAUAUUCUGAAGCAACAAAGAGCACAGUCAAACUAAGACAUGACAGCAGCUCCUAGAAAGACGAUCUACAGUGGGAAGGGAACUUCCUAGUUUUUACCUGUAUAUUUGAAAGAUGAAAAAAGAAAACAAUGAGGAAAAGAGAGUUCAAAAGACAGUUUAAAAAAGACAACAGAAAGAAGCUCAGAAUUAGCAAUACAGACGUAAUAAACGUCAUCCGUUGCUACCCAAUUGAUUCCUGCAUCAUUUCACGUGCAUUUAGGAUAUUUUCUGACGUUGAAGUAAGUUUCUAGUGUAUUUUUGCGAGGAGAU